CAACCCACUCCAGUGUUCUUGCCUGGAGAAUCCCAGGGACAGGGGAGCCUUGUGGGCUGCCAUCUAUGGGGUUGAAUAGAGUCGGACACGACUGAAGUGACUUAGCAGCAGCAGCAAAAACCACUGCAGAUUGAAAAAACCAACUGGGGGAGCUCAGCACUGAGAGGUCCCAUCUAAGAAACACCACACAGGGCCUCUCAAAAUGAGAGCCCACUAAGGACCCUGCAGCCCAAGACCUCCACAGAGGAUCCAGACUGAGACCCGACAAACAGAGGGGGACCCAGGCUGAGUGCCCCGCACAGAGGAGACCCUGGAUUAAAAUCCCUCAGUGGGAUUGUCAAGCUGAAACCCCUCAGGGAGACUCCCAAGACUAAAUUAUUCACCGAGGAGUCCCCUCCAAGAUGAGCCCCCUCAGUCAGGUGCACGCACCUCCUCUCUGCCCGGCUGCACACCCAUUAUUACUGGGUGGGGAGGGUGGAGCGUGGGAGGAAGAGCCCAGAAGGCCUCUCAGUGUUUCUUCUUCCCAGGACCUUUCCCACCUCCCUUCCUCCUGGGCCCUGCCAUUUGGGGCCCCCGCGUGGGGGUGGCAUCCAAGGCUGGAGAAGAGGACACAGGGCAGCCUGUUUCAGCCCAGGAGACAGAGGGCGCCUCUGUCCACUCCUGGCCCCUCGCCCCACUGGGUGUCUGUCUGUGAAGGGGUGGAGCCGGUGUGGAGGGGGCGUCGCGGGGGAAGGACAACUGAAGACAGGUCUUCCCGCACAGCUCCAGGAGCCACAUUUGCAGCCUCGUCUGCCUGUCCAGAACCUGCUCCCAGGCUGACAGUACCCUAAGCAUGGUCCAAGCUCACUUCCAUGAUGGGACGUGGGUAGGUGAGCUUCGAGAUGGGCUCUGAGCUGGAGACGGCGAUGGAGACUCUCAUCAAUGUGUUCCAUGCCCACUCGGGCAAAGAGGGAGACAAGUACAAGCUGAGCAAGAAGGAGCUGAAAGAGCUGCUGCAGACGGAGCUCUCCGGCUUCCUGGACGCCCAGAAGGAUGCAGAUGCUGUGGACAAGGUGAUGAAGGAGCUCGAUGAGAAUGGAGACGGGGAGGUGGACUUCCAGGAGUAUGUGGUGCUGGUGGCCGCCCUCACAGUGGCGUGCAACAGCUUCUUCUGGGAGAACAGUUGAGGAGACGGCCCCAGCAGGCAGCGCCCUCCGCCUCUACCCUGCCAUGCCUGCUCCUUCACCCUGCUUCCUCCUCACCUUACUUUUCCCUCCCCACCAACAAGGGCGCAAGAAUAGUGGGCCAGGCCUGCAAUUCUUCUUUCAUUAAAGGCUUCUGUCUCACCAGCCA